AGUCAGUGCAUUAAAAGGGAAGGGAAGGGAAGGCAGCCUGCCUUUGCCUUUAAGUGUGCAGCCAGCCCAGAGGAGGAGGGUCUGAAGGACAGAGAGUUGCAGGCUGUGAAGGCUGGACUUGUGUCAGUUUGAGGAAAGAGGACAAGUCUCUCCAAGCCUGCUCCUGGUGAUAGAUAAAUAACAAGGCCCCCUGAGCAAUGGCAGUGAGCCCAGGCGGGGACACCAAGGGCCUGCAGCUCCCCGACUCCCAGUGUGACUCUGGCCUGGAUGGGGAGCUGGAGCGCCAGGAGCCCUGGGCCCUGAGCCUGGGCCUGGAGCCGGGGACGGGGACAGGGGCAGGGGCAGGGGCGGCCCCGGGCCCGGGCCCUCAGUGCGGGGCCUCCGGGGAGGACAGCUGCGACUCGGCCUACGCCUCGGACUUGCUGGAGACGUUCAGCGCUCGUUGCUCGCUGGGCUCGGCCGGGGGACAGGCCCCGGGCCCUGAGGCUCCCUUCGACCCCUGGGCCUACCUCAGCGAGGAGGGGGACACGUUCCUCCAUCUCUGCAUCAUUCACGAGGCUGAGGCCUUAGCCCUGGCAUUCAUUGACCAGUCACCGCUGGAGUAUCUGAACUGGCAGAAUGACCUCUUUCAGACGCCCCUGCAUUUGGCCAUGUACACGCGCCAGACGAAGAUAGUGCGGCAACUGGUUUUGAAGGGAGUGGACACAGAGCUACAGGAUCGUAACGGAAACACCGCACUGCACCUGGCCUGCCAGUACAGCCUGGAGGAGUGUGUGCCGGUCCUUACAAAGCCUGUCACAGCCAAAGAGCAUGCCUUGUUUGGAUUUGAAACCCCCAGCCCCCCGGGACCUCGGAACCUUGAGAGACAUAAUUGGCAAGGUUUGACCUGUUUGCACCUGGCAGUCCUUUAUAGGAAUGAUGUGAUGGUGGACUACAUGCUGUCUUCAGGAGCGAGAGUCAAUACACAGGAAUCAACGAGUGGACGGACUGCCUUGCAUCUGGCGGUGGAGCUAGGGGAGUUGGGGCUGGUGACGCGGCUGCUGCGAGCUGGAGGUGAAGUGGACGCUCCAAUGUACAAUGGCUGCACUCCCCUCCACCUGGCGGUGGGGCGGCUAGACGCUGGCAUCGCUGUUGCCCUCUGCCAGGCUGGUGCCAACCCGCUGCUGCCCAACCUGGAGGAGGACACCCCGCUGGACCUCGCCAGCAACAACGGCAACGUGCUUGACCUGUGCCCAUUCGACGAUGUGAGACUCCUGGGGCAGCCAGUGGUGUGACAGAACAGGACUUUGUACGUGAUGUGACCGAACAGCGAACGCUGAAGGGUGGGGGUGGUGAUAAGGACCUUGUCUCCCAGUGGGUGGGAGGCCCUCAUAGCGUGGGACCCUCUUCCCCUGCAUUUUCGCCCCUACCCCAUCCCUGCCCCCUCCAAAACCUGCUGUGGUGGGGGGUGGUGAGUGUCCAGUCUCACCCGACUCCUUGCAUUCUGACUCUGUUACCUCAGAAACCGAAAGGUGCAGUUUCGUCCCUGGCCAGGCAUGUAGCAGGAGGGAGUGACCCCAUGGAUAUAAAGGAAUUCACAUUACCUUGGGGACAAUACAUCUGGAGAAGACCUCCAGAAUUGCGAUUACCUGGUCAGCACCCUUCACAUACUUUAGUCUUCCCCUCCCAUCACCAUCCCCCCCACCCCCACAAGACCCAAGACCCAAGACCAAACAAAUGCCUUCAAAAUCCCAAUCAGUCCUCUGGUUCAGACCGUUCCAGAGGCGUGAGUCUGCAAACUAGCCUGACAGUGCCACUGGUAACAAGGUGGGCGCAUUGCUGGCAGAGGUGCGGUGAUUUGGUUAAGCUGAGUGUCCGCUUGAACCCUUUGGUGGAGAUUAAUGGUGCCUCUACACAAUUUGAAGGGCUGAAUGACCCCUUUUUCCCCCCCCCAUGUUGGUGUGACUCUUGGUGGGGAGGUUGGUGUGGAGAAAGACCAGGAGGAGAUCUCGCCAGUGUCUCUGGAGCCAAAACUUCACUGAAAAAUAAUUUAUUUGAUAUUUAUGACAAGUGUUGUUCCUGUGAGUUUCCUGCGUGUGAAUUGGCUGCUGUGCUUUCUGCAUUUCAACAGUCACCACGCUUCAAAACUGUAAAGCACUUUGUGAUGCCCUCAGGUGGUGACAGUUGUUAAGUAAAUGAGGUCUCUUUCUUCCAGCUCUCCAUUUGCACCCAAAUUGCUGAGUGCUUUAGGAGCACUUUUAUUUUUACAUAAUAAAGACAUUGAAAAAACUUGCGUUGUCUGCAUGGUUCACCCAAACACUUCAGGGAGUUUGCCUUUUCUCUGCUUCGGACUGAGUUUUCAAAUCAGAGAAGCAAAUCUUUAUCGCGCAGGGGCAGAGAGGCCUCUGUUCGAGUCCAUAAAUCUUUAAAGGUGACAGGGAAAAGCUAUGUUUAAGAAAGCAUGUGGGUUCCUCACUUGUGAUGGACAGACCGGGGACAGCAAACAGUGAAUUAGCCUGCAAAAUGCCGGACAGAAUUCACUCUGUGCGGUGACCAAUGAGACACCAGUAAUCUCAGUGAAUAGAAAUAGUAAGAUAUUACUCCUCCUAUUACAGAACAUAUCUCAACUGUCCUUGCUGCUGAUUGGUUCACUAGAUAGGCUGCAAAAGCAACCAGGAAGGGAUGAUGGGUUAAGGAGCUGCAAUAGCAGAAAAGGAGGCUGCAGAGGUCCUAACCUGUCAACAAAGCAAAACUCAG